CGCUGGUUUCUUGAUGCGCAUGCGUCGCAAACAAAUUGCAUAAAAGUCGCAGAACAAAACCGCACUUCGCAUCUCGGUCGUUCAUUAUGAAGUGUUUUCCCAGUGGUGUCUGCUGCUCUCAUUCUCGCAUGGGCCGUUGCGAGUCUGUCUCCGGACAAGACGACCUCAAACGGUCUACUUCUCGCUCAUCGUCUCCAUGGAGAGUACGGGUUCCGCGUCUGGCGCCGUCCCUUCCAUCGAUUUAGCUCUGGAGGCAGUUCGGAGCAUGCAGGUUCUCCCUGGUUACAAUCUCACGUACGAAACUGUCAGGAACUCUAAGUGCCGCGGACGACUCCCCUGAUGCUUUCUUUGUGGACACGCAGAGCGGAGCCUCACACCGAAGAUCGCCGUCGUGGGCUGUGCGGAUGCUCCGGCCGACUGAGCCGUAGCAGAGUCAGUCAUCACUGGAACAUCACGCAGAUAUCAUUUGCCGCUGGGUUGUCGUCGCUCAGCGACAGGUCGAGGUUCAGGUACUAUUUCCGUACCACUCCCACGACGUCAAACUAUGCCCCGGCCAUCCUCGGAGUCCUCAACAGGUUCAACUGGAAACGACUGGCCGUCUUCACUCUGAACCAGAACGUCUUUCAAAUGAUUGUGAGUGAUGUAGAGAGCUCUACCAGAGUGCGAGGGAAGGCAAUAGUGACUUUUGCUGUUUUGACGACAAUGACAUCAUCAUCCAGUCUUCGUCUUGACGAAGUCGAUGGAGAUCCAGUGGCUGCAGCGCGAGCAGUCUUUGACAAAGGAACAUCCACAGUGUUUCUAGUCAACAGCUACUCAAAUUUGCAAGACCUAUUAUUUGUGAGGCAGCUAAGAGGACUUGCUGUAUACCCACACUACGGCUGGAUCAUGUACACCUGGACGAGAGGUGGUGGAGGGAAGAGAGGGAGAGAGAAACACAUCGACGAGUGUGAGUGACGAGGAAAUGAGGAGGUUCUCGUGCGGCACAACCCCUCCUAAUUAACUCGUCCCGGAGACCCGACGACUACAACCUGCAGACAGUUGCGGAUGUUCAUCCCGAGAGUUACUUGGCAAUUACACACGCGAGUAUGGCAGAGUCAACUACAAUCACAGCUCAUCUUCUCAUGAUGGCCUGCGAUGCGCUGUGUCCAUGGGGCCCAGAUGCUCAACUCACACGAAGACAUGAGACCAAGAGACCCUGCCAGGAAACCACUCUGAUCCGACGAGUGUCGUCAUUUGGAUGGCAGUCUUGUCCCCCUGGACGAGUUCAACUACACCAAUGCCUUCAUGGGUGCAUGAUGAGAGACAACUAUUACAAGGUCGACUUUACAGGAGUCUCUGGUCUAGUGAGAUAUAGUGAGGAUGGCACCAUCAUCUAUACACGGAUCAGACUGGCACAGUGGAGAAGAGUAAACGUUGCGCUUGACACGUACGAUUUGGUUACCUGGACGGAGACUCUAAUUUCUCAUCUCGUGUAUGACCCUGGAGAGAGCGACCAGACACUCUACUCAGAGGGUUACCCACCAGACGGAACGCCAGUGGCCAUCACGAACACCUACCACACAGUUCUGGUUGUCUUCUACUAUUUCCUGGCCGUGGUCGGAAUCACCCUCUCCAUCGUCUGCCUCGUAUUCAACUUUGCCUACCGCAAGAAAAAGGUGAUCAGAUUGACAACUCCUCUGCUCAAUUACAUCAUUGUUUGUGGAGCAAUCUUUAUGUACGUGUCGGUGUUCUUUGGUGUCCUGCCAACCAUCGAGAGAGCAGUCGUUCAGAUGCAGUGCAUUGUCCAUGUAUGGGCAUAUGGGAUUGGAUACCUGCUGGUGUAUGGGACCAUUCUGGCCAAGAUGUGGAGGGUCUACCAGAUCUUUCAUGACCCUACCCCCAAUAAAAUGAUUCUGAAGGCGUGGCACCUGAUGUGUGUAGUGGGAACCAUCACUGGGUUUGGAGUCCUGCUGAUCGUGGCCAAGACAAUUGCCCAGGCACUGACAUCUCCUCAGCUGGUGGAUGAUAGUGAGCACUCCCCAGGACUCACUAGUUCCUCAGUUCUGGAGGAGUACAGUGUGUGGCAGUGCUACGAGUCAGGCUCCAUCCCGUUUGUCCUGGACCUCCUCAUCUUUGUCUACCUCGGUCUCCUCCAGCUGGUCGGCAUCAUCCUCGCCUUCCAGACCCGCAAAGUCAGGAUCCCAUUCUGAACGACUCCAAGUCCGUCACGGCUCUCAUAUACAUCUCCAGUAUAGUACUGGUGGUGAUAGUGCUCAUCACCUUCAUUCUGAGGGGCUACAUCAACAUCUGUGGCUGCUAUAUUCUCGGGCGGGGUCAUCCUACUCGCCACUUUCUUCUCGUCCUCAGUUUCAUUCCAAAGGUGAGCUGUAGUUUCAGCUCUAUACUAUUGCCAUGCAUGAAAAUCUUAGCAUGCUAUAUCAGAGAGUCGGUAGACUCUCUAUAUAGGGACGACACGGGUGAAAUCUCACGUGAUCCGCGUACAAAACGACUAAAAUCUCGGUGAG